AAGAAGCCCGUAUCGGUUCCUCGUCCUAUCGUUGCAUUUUUUUUCCAUCUCCGCCGCUCUCUCUCUCUCUCCUCUCCUCUCCUCUCCUUUGAGCCACCAUGGGCUGCGGUGGCUCCAAAGAAGCGGUGGCCACCGGCAACUCCGGCAGCAGCAGAUGCAACCGAUUCAAGAGGAAAUCCAGCGUCGUCGACGCCACCCAGCCAUCGUCCCGUGUGCUUCAGCCAUCCCUCGACAAUGCGUCCGCCGCCGCCGCUGCAAAGGCUAGUAACGGCGAGGUGACAAAGGACAAGGCAGCCACGUUGAAACAGAAAGCCGUCGAGGAGAAGAAAGAGGAAGCCGUCGCUGUGAAGAACAGCAAAGAAGCCGUCUCUGUGAAGGAGGGCAACGCGGCGUCGUCGAAGGCGAGUGCCAUCCGGGAGGAGAAGCCGCAGGUCGAGACCAAGACGGAUGAAGCAGCCGCCGUCACGGAUGCCGCUAGCGAAGCGGCCGCCGCCGCCGUUGAAAAGGCGGGCAAAGAAGCGUUGGCCGGUAAGGCCGCCAGGGAGAAGGAAGGCGAUGAGGUCGUCGUCGUCGUCAAGGACAAAGCGGUGAUCGCCGGUCAGGGACUGAGGAUAAAGCAUUCGUCGAGGACAAAACAGUCGUCAUCAACCGGCGGGGACGUGAAUGCCAUCACCGUCACCGCGGGGAAAGAAGAACACAUCAUCAGGAAGGACGACGUGGUCAAAAUAUCGACCACCGAGGCAGCCGUCGACAAGGGGAAUAAUGGCGGUGACGAACCUGACGGUACACCAUACAUGGCGGCGAUCGAGGAGAACGACGACGAGGCUGCGUCGUCGACCGAGGACGUCGGCGACGCCGUCGAGGAGGAGGACAAGAAGGAGGUAGACGACGGCAGCGUCACGUUCCCGGUCUCCAUGGUGGCAGAGGAGGACGGCAGCGUCACCUUCAAGGUACGAGUCAAUGACGCCGAGGCCAAGGACGACGACGGGAGCGUUAAGUUCGCGACUGCCGCCGCCGGCGCCGCCCCCACGACCAGCAGCAACGUGGUUGCCGUGGUGGCCGAGGAGGAUGGGAGCGUCACGUUCGCAGUGCCAGUUUCCCCUGUGAUCAAGGACGACGACGAGAGCGUUACCUCCGCGGCUGCACCGGCAGCCAAGGUCCAGGACGUCGUGGGCGCCGUGGUGGCAGAGGACGAUGGCAGUGUCACCUUGGCGAAACCGCUAGCCCCUGUGAGUGUGACCAAGGGUGGCCACAGCGUUUCCUUUGUGCCUGCCCGGCCUGCAACGACCAAGGACGACGACGACAGUGUUGCCUCCGCAGCUUCCCCGAUGACCAUGGACGACGAAUUUGUCAGCUUACCGGUUGCACUGGAGGAGGAGGAGGAGGAAGAAGAAAAUGAGCAUUGGAAGGACAAUGAUGAGGCGGAAAAUGAGCCUGCUGUUUCUGAUGACGAGGAGGGCACGGCCGAAGCUGAUGGCGCAACAGAAGCCGAAGAGGAUGAGGAGGAGGCAGGGCAGUCCGAACCUUCUGAAGAUAAUGAUGAGGUAGACGAUGACGCGGACCUGCCCGAUCCUACUGCUGUCGAGCAGCUGCUAACCAAAGCUGUCGAGGAGAUCAAAGCGGAGGAGGAGAGGAGUGCGGCGGACACAGUUGGGGAGAACGUCUCCAGCAAAGAGCCAGACGAGGGGAAACCCAUUGCACCUUCGAGACCGAGAGACGAGGACGGCGGGGAACCGGAUGGGAAAGAACCCAUGGAUUUGGAGGAGGAGGAGGCCAGAACCACCGAGGAGAAGACACCGGAUGAUCACCCAGGCAUCCCAGCUGAGAAGAAGAGCGGCAGUGAUGACAAGGAUUCCGCUCUACCUGUAAGCGCGUCGUCGUCUUCUUGAGCCCAGAGAAUAAUUAAGGAGAACACGAACACCGAUGGAAAGGCAGGCUGCUGCCGGUGGCCGCUCCAGUAGUAGUAGCCUCUAGUGCAUCUUUGUUUUUUUUUUGAACAUGUAUGGCGUACGCGUCGUUGUCAUGUCCAACACGCCCUGGUUCUUCAACAUCGGUACGUACUGACCAUGUGGUUUCGAAGUAGUUGGCAAGAGGUAGUUGUUGUUGACGAGUUUGUUGCGUUGUUGUUCGAAACCAAGGAGAGGCAGGUCGGCUUCAAAAGUCUAUAUGCAAAUGCUAAUAGGACACCAGUGCUAUGAGCACACAUGGUGCCAGCGCUGAUCGCGGUACCAAUACGCG